AUGCCACAAGCUCAAAACUCCCUGUUGGAAUUUCGAGUGAUCGACGUGCAGGACCAGUGCGUAGUGCAGGCGCCAGAUGCAUGUCGAUACACUGCUCUAAGCUACGUUUGGGGACAAGUGCAGCAACCGCUGCUUAAGAACGAUAAUUUGGAGCUACUCAAGACCAAGAGAAGCCUCAACGCGCUAUCAAUACCACAGACCAUCAAAGAUGCAAUCCACAUUUGUCGACUGCUUGGCCUUCGCUAUCUAUGGGUUGACAGUCUUUGCAUCGUACAGGAUAGCCAAGAUCAUGCAGCUGGGCAGGUCGCGCACAUGCACAAAAUUUACCGCGAGGCAUAUCUUACCCUUGUUGUAGCGGCUGGCCUAGAUUGUACUUCCGGUAUACCCUCCAUCCAAGCUCGUCCACUUUUUCCGCCAGCAGUCGUCAUUGAUGACUUUAAGUUCGCUGUUAUCCCACAUUCAUUCGAUGCGAUCGAGCACCGAGUACAAAACUCUGUUUGGAAUCAACGGUCUUGGACAAUGCAGGAGAGUGCCCUCUCUCGUAGACGCCUGGUGUUCACCGAGCAGGAGUAUUUCCUCUCUUGC